AUGUCAGAUGUCAACCAUUGUAAUCAGCUGAUUAGUGUUGUCAAAAACAUAACCAUCAAACAUGUGAAAUUUGGUUCAUCUCCCAAUGUAUUUUUGGAAAGCUAUAUUUGGAUUAAAUAUUUAUUUGACAUGUACAUUAUCAUUUACAGCAGUUAUUGGUGAUUAUUUAACUCUUAAUUUCUCCGACAGUCCUAUUGUCAAAGCCGCAUUAGACAAUGGCACUCAUUUUAUUAUAGGAGGAUUUUCUUGGUUCAUUUUUUAUUUAAAUUCGGAUAAAAUUGAUUGUUCUCUACGGCAAAUUGUCGCGGAAAUAUUUUUGUGCGCUCUAAUGUCAUCAUUAAUAGAUUUAGAUCACUUUAUAGCUGCCAAAUCAUUUUUUCUCAAAGAUGCAAUAAGAUUACAGAAAAGACCUUUUCUUCACUGCUCAACUAUUCCAAUUGUAGGACUUUUAAGUCUAUUACCAAUGAGUUAUGUCUUUCAAGUAAAUGCUUUAAAGAGAUUAACUUUAAUAUUUAUCACAGCCUUUGUUUCACAUCAUGUUCGAGAUGCUACAAGACGAGGAUUUUGGUUUUACCCUUUUGGAACAACUGCUCCAAUUCCUUACUUAUUUUAUAUAUUUUUGACAUGUUUAAUACCAUUUAUAGUUUUAUUAAUCCAUAAGAAUGUUAAAAUUUCUACUGAGUCCAAAUAUCAUAGAAUUGAAAUAUUGUAAUUUUGCUACACUGAGAGAUUUUAUGCAUAUAUUUUAAUAUUUAUUUUUUAAAUAACGGACAAAGUUAAUUUAAUGCACAAUUUAUUUAAAAUAGUAUAAUUUUACUGUGAUUUUACUUGUAUUGCAACUGUAAAAUUAUUUUCCAGGGGGAGCUUAUUGAUAAAUAAAUAUAAGAUAUA